AUGCCUCCCAAACGUAGCAAGAAAAUCCCAGCAGCCUGCAAGGUACAAGGCAAACUCAACUUCCAACGCGUGCAGAAGCCACACACCACUGUCUCUCCUCUCGUUCAGAUCCUGUCGCAAUACGAGCUCAUGAUCAUGGUCACCGACCAGCUCUCUUCGGCCGACAUCAUCCAUCUCACCGCUACCUGCAAGGAGAUCAAGACGUACCUUACCGAUGACAAGACCAUCUACGCCACCAUCACAGAACGCGCCAAUUGCGACGGUAAAGGCAUCGAAGCCAGAGCAAAGUGCUUCGGUCAUUGGAAGGGAGAUGUUACCAACGCAGACGUCCGUUGCGGAGGUUCAGACUGCCAACCUUGUGAGGACUGUCAUGCCAUGGUCUGCAAUGAGUGCCGCUACCACAUCAACUACAUGAGCAAGUCGCCUUGCUGCAGGGCUGAUCCACCGCAUUGGGAAAGCCACGAAGCCGACUUCGCAGAAGACCUCGAAGACAUGAAAGACUGCCAUGGUGAUUGUAUCAAUUGUCCUGCAUUCCAUUCGGGCCGCUUCCCCAUCGAAAGCAUUCGAGCUGCUCUGCUGGCUGGCAAGCCUCGCGAACGCCACUACUGUUCGGAUUGCAAGCCACAUUUGUGCGACAACGAAGGUACACCAAGUCUGGAGGCCAUCUUUGACAUCAUCAGCGAACACGACGACGAUAGCGACUGGUGUUUCUGCACUUUGGCCGACAAGUUCAUCGGAGACCACUGGCUUUGCAUUCCAUGCUUCAUCAAACAAGAGGCCGAAGCUUACAGCCGUCGUCAAAAGCGAGAGAUCUACAAGUGGGAGAAAGAAGAUGAAGAAUGGACUCGAAAGCUUGUCAAGACUGAACACUUCUGCGAUUGUGGCCGUGUCGCUGACAUCGAAUAUCUGGUUUCUUGCAGAUGGUGUGAUGAAUACAUGCUGACUCCUGAAGUCAGCGAUGUGCUCUUUUAG